AUGCAGAAACAGUUUUUUUCGACUUUGAGGAGGUUGCAGCAUGAGAAUCCGUUGGGAUUGCCGAGAUCUGGCACGCCGCCGAAUUUGAGAGCUCGCAUGCAAAGAGGAUUACCAGAAAAGCGACCAAUUAAAGAUGUGAAGAAGGUUAUCGCAGUAUCCUCAGCAAAAGGUGGAGUUGGAAAGUCGACUAUUUCCGUCAACCUUGCUUUGGCAUUCGCAAGAAGUGGUCUAAGGAGUGGCGUCCUUGAUACUGAUAUAUUCGGGCCCUCAAUUCCAACUCUACUCGACCUCGAAGGAAACGAACCAAGACUAUCGGCCAACAAUCAGCUAAUACCGCUAACAAACUAUGGACUCAAAUCCAUGUCUAUGGGCUACUUGGUGCCCGAAACAUCAGCAAUCGUAUGGAGAGGUCUUAUGGUCAUGAAAGCACUUCAACAACUUCUUCAUGAGGUCGAAUGGGAUGGCCUCGAUGUCCUCGUACUCGACUUGCCACCGGGCACUGGCGAUGUACAAUUAACCAUCACGCAGCAAAUUGAGCUUGAUGGAGCUGUCAUCGUAUCAACGCCACAAGAUGUCGCACUCAAAGAUGCGGUUCGUGGUGUUGAGAUGUUCCGCAAGGUCAAGGUGCCGAUCCUUGGAAUGGUCCAGAACAUGUCUGCGUUCACCUGCCCAAACUGCUCCACCACACAUUCAAUCUUCGGCCGUGAAGGUGUGAUCAAAAAGUGCGACGAGAUGGAUAUCAAGCUACUUGCCGACAUUCCGCUUCAUCCUAGCAUCUGCGAAGAUGCGGAUCGCGGAAAGCCUACAGUGGUUGCAGAACCAGACAGUGCGAGAGCACAAGUUUUCAAAGACUUGGCAGCAGAUCUAAGGAAGCAGUUGCAGUUUUGA